AUUGAGAAUCAUAGAAGAGAACUGACGAAGAUAUGCAAAGCAAUGGAAGCAUCCAUCAGGAAACCAACCACAAAUGUUUUAAAAUUGUGUAGAUUUUAGACGAAAGACAGCAAGAGAAAGCAAGGGAGGAGGAAAGGAAGAUCCUGCACAACAGGUAAAUGCAAGAAGUAGAGAGCGAAAAAAUCUUCAUCAGGGAUCAAUGAUGACAGAAAAAUGGGGGCAUGAAGAAGCCAAGCACCAUUAACUAAAGUUAGCGCCCUUAACAAGGCUUACUUCCAACCCGCCUCGAUGAAAUUCAUGUCGUGUAAUGAUUGAGUCCUGGAAAGGCCUGAAGGUUAUUAAUAAGAACAAAGCACAUAUUGUCUCAAUCCAAGAAUUGAAACUUGAAAAUAUAGGAUACGAAGACAUUAGAUUGACAUGAGGAAGGCAGAGGUGUGGUUGGAUGCUUUACCUUCUAUAGGCGCAUCCAGAGGGAUCAUUGUGAUGUCGGAUGGAAAAAGUUUUGUGAAACUAGGGGAGGGGAUUUCUAGAAAUUCCUAAAUUUGAGAUCCUUUAAGAUCUGUUGAAAAUGGCUUCGAGUUGGUGCUCAAUGAUCCUAGUAAGAGAGGAAUUUCGAGGAGAGCUGGGUACUAUACAUGUUGAUUGAAUUACUCAUGGUGUAUAUGAGGGGAUUUCCAUAUGAUUCACUUCUCAGAAAAGGGAGGAUGGAGAAUUACUAUAAGAAUGACAAAUUUCUCUCAGUUUUUUAGUCUGAAUAGGCUGAUUGACUUACCAAUAGGAGAUCCUAAUUCACAUGGUCCAGUAAUCGAAUUGACCUGGUGCUCACUAGAGUUGAUAGAUUUCUCAUUAACAGGGAUUUGGAGAGUCAUAUUCCUGGUGGGAAUCAAAGAGCCAUACCCAAUCCGGCAUCUAUCAUUGGCUAAUUUCGAUUGACACGAGGCUGGUGGGGAGGGGACCGACCUUUAUCAGAUUUGAGGCUCAUUGUGGGAUAGUUUGAGCACUCAUGGACAGGAGGGGACUACAUUCCGAGGAAAACUAAAAUUACGAGAUCCGAUCUAAAGCUUGGCAUGACGAGGUUUUUCAGUGAUGUUGAAAAAAAGAAAGGACCUUGGAGGAAAAUUCAAAAUCUGAACCAGAAGAAAGAGAUUAAGCCCCUAUCAAUUGAAGAAAAGGCAUCUCUCGCAUCAUUAGAAAUAAGGGUACCAAGAUUUGGUGUGAAUGGAAGAGAUAAAUGGAAGAGAUUAAUUCCCUAUCAAUUGAAGAAAAGGCCUCUCUUGCGUCAUUAGAAAUAAGGGUACCAAGAUUUGGUGUGAAUGGAAGAGAUGAUUUGGCGUUAGAGAUUAAGGGUCAAGUGGCUAAAGGAAGGGAACAAAAAUAUUGCUGACUUUCAUGUGAUCGUGAAUGCAAGAACUAAUGGUGGACUGGGAGCCAGAGGUUAGUUAGGUCAUAGUAGACUUCUGCAGGCAUCUGUAUAAAGCAGAUGGAAAUUAGAGGCCACCAAUUGAUGACUUUGGUUUUGGUAGAAUACUGGCUGAUGCCAAGGGGUAGUUGGAAAGACCAUUCAUAAAAGAGGAGAUCUAUGAUGCUUUAAUUUCUUUGGAAACAGAUAGAACCUUGUUUGACGAUUUUGACGUGGCAUUCAUUCAAGAAAAUUGGGAAAUAUUUGGGAUGGCCUAUUGGAUAUGUUCUCCAAAUUUUGUUCACAAGGUAUUCUAGAAUGUUCAUUAAAUGCUAUUUUUAUUACUCUUAUGUCUAAGGUGGAGGGUGUCGAAGAUCUAACAGAUUGUAGGCAUAUUAGCUUGAUAGGCAGUGUAUACAAGAUAAUCAUGAAGUUCCUUGCCUCACGGCUGAGAAGCGUAUUGGAUUUGUAAUCUCUCACUGCUAAAGCACUUUCAUUCGGGGAAGACAAAUUCUUGAUGGGGCAUUGUUGGCUUGUGAGUGCAUCAAAUCAAGAUAUUAGGUAAACAAAUCUGCAACUCAUUUUGAAGCUCGAUUAGAAAAGGUCUAUGGCCUGUGGAUCAGAAACUCUUAUUUUCCGUGAUCAAUUUGAUGGGUUUCAGCACACGGUGGAUUGUGUGGAUCAAAGAUAGCAGGUUGAUGAUAUUCUUUCAUAUUCUUGUUAAUGGCUCUCCCAAAGGCUUCUUCAAAAGUUCCAAAGAGCGUAGACAAAAAGAUCCCCUUUCCCCUUUCCUUUUCACAAUCGUUGCUGAAGUUCUGAGUCGGUUGAUUUGCAAUGCAUGCUCUACUGGCCUUCUUGAAGGCUUUGGUGUGCACCUGAAUGACUCUAUGGUAUCUCAUCUUCAGUAUUUGAAUGACGCAAUCUCUUCUUGUGGGGCUAUCAUGGAGUAAGUGGAUAACAGGUCAGAGAAUCUGAAUGGGCAAGAGUCCUCUGCUUGGGAUGCAUAUUUUAGUAGAAUGUUUGGAAGAGUUAGCUGCUGAUAUUUGGACCUUCCUCUAUAUAUUGGCAGAAACAACAAAGUAUCUGGGACCCAGUGAUUGAAAGGGUGGAAAAAAGGUUGACCCCUUGGAAAGAUAUGUUUCUAUAUAAGGCUGGGAGGUUCACAUUGAUUAAGGCAACUUUGAGAUCGAUCCCUAUUUACUUAUGUCUCUACUUUGAGCACCAUAUUCUGAUAGUAGAAAAGUUGGAGCGGAUACAAAGGUAUUUCUUAUGGUAGGCACCAAUGAUGGAUGGAUUUCAUCUUGUCAAGUGGGAAGAUGUUUGUGCCUAAAUGCGCAAGUGGUCUAGGGCUAAAGCACUUGAAACAGAUGAACGAGGCAUUACUUGGAAACGGCAUCAGCAUUUUGGUCAUGAGGAGGGGUUCACUAUUAGUGCCAAAUAUGGCAAUGAAAGAGCGGUUGGAAACAUGCAUACUAAGAAGACCUUUAAGAAUAUCAAUUUCAUGGCAUGGUAUUUAUCAGUGGCACAAUAUUUUCCUUUGGAUCAGAAUUGGGAGGCGAUAGAAACACACCUUUCUAAGAGCAAUUCACAUAUGUUUAUCAGGCACAAGAGGUAGCUAUCACUGAUUGCCAUUAAAUAACCACUCUGUGUGGAACCCAACCUUUUAAAGAAACUUGGAUGAUUUGGAGACUGAUAAACUAUGUGCACUUUUUGGCUGUUUGAACUUGAUUUAUGUACCACAAACUUAUGUGGCGGUGUGACUCAAAAGGGGUAUUCUCAGUAUGAUCAUGGGCCUGACCAUAUCCCCAGGGGUUCAGACCCCUUCCAAUGGACAAUUAGUGUGGGAUAUUCCUACCCCUUCUUGAGUUCUAUUCUUCAGAUUGUUGGUCAUCUUAGACAAUGUUCUUACGUGAGAUAACCUGAAGUAUAGAGGCAUGUAAUUCCCCAAUAUUUGUCUCAUGUGCCGAGAAGAUAGAGAGACGGUUGAUCACUUAUUUAUUCAUUGCACAUUUGGCAGGACCAUUUGGUCUUAUAUAUUGAAACUUUUUGGCCUUUGAAUGAAUCUUUCCUAAAUCUGUUGCUGAGGUGCUAUGAGCUGGAGAUUUGGUCCUUUCUCACUAAAGGGGGUUACUCUGUUGAAACUUAAUUUUGCUGCCAUCCUUUGGGCCAUUGGGGUUUUGUUGCCUAUGCAGGCCAGCAGGGGUUGGAGAUGCUAAUAGGGCUGAGGCCAUAGCAUUUCCUAUGGGAUUGCACAUAUUCUUCCUGUUUUUAUCAGGUUUGUACUCGAUGAAGGUGGUUCCUUGAGUAUGAUUUGAUGAGUGUGAAAGGAACGCACACCACCAUGGCAAUUAGUGGACACUUUGGACGAGAUAUAUGACAUGUGCCAACAUUAGCAAGUGAGAUUUCGAUUGGCCAAUGAUCAUGCUGAUUCAUUAGCUCACACAACCAGUUGCAGUAGGGACUUUGUGGGCCUGGUUCCCAUCUCUUUCUCUUUCUUUCUCUCUCUACUGUCUAUAUACUCCAUUUGGAGCAACUUAAUGUAGCAGAGUUUUUACCUCAAGCCUCAAAAAAAAAAAGAAAGGCGUGAAUCUAAUGAUAGAGCAGAUUUCUUAGCAGGGCAAGAAACAGAAAGAGGCGCUUAUGAUUAGUGGAGAAGAGCGAAGAAAAUUCCUUGCCUUUGCCUGUAAAAUUUUUGUGCAGUUAUUCUUGUUCAUGCCUGUUAUUUAUGGAUUUGGAAUGGCAGCUCGCUUGGUAUUCUCUUCAUAUAUCUUUCUUCUUGUACCUGAAGGAGAUUAUCAACAUAUGAUCAGUAUAACUACUACAACUUCACUAUUGUCCUUUAUGUUAGCCUCUGAGUUGAGCCAAUUGCUAGCUCUGGUAACAACCUCAUAUUCUGUAAUGUUCAUUCUCACUCUUUCUUCGUUGGGUAUUUGUUGUCUUGUAACAUUUAUUUUACCCAAAGAUCACACUUCAGAUUAUGUCUAUCCGCUAGCAACUUUUUGGAGUCAGAAUGAGGGAUGGAUAGCAAUACUAAGAGAAACUUGGCAUGGAAGGAGUCUGCAGAUUCUUUCCAUUUGGUGGGCUGUUGCUUAUGCCGGGUUUUCCUUGGUUCAAAACUAUGGGACAAAUCUCUUUGAUGCCAUUGACCCACAAUCAAAAUUCAAUGGCCAUAUCAUAGCAGCAUCCCAAGUGGCCGGAAGCCUAGGAUCUCUCUUUGCCAUUUAUCUUGAUCCCAUUGCCGUGAACACGGGAUUGGCCGUUUAUGUGUUUGGGGUAGCAGCCAUGGGCACAAUUUGUUUGGCUAUGGGCCUUUACAAGGAUACAACUGCAGCUUAUUGUCUUUAUAUCCUAAUUUCUGGUAUUUAUCAGGCGCUUGCUUGUCUUGUCAGUGUCAGAUGCGGAAGGCUAUUGACUAACAAGCGAUUCAUUCUUAUGUUCUCUGUCAACUACUUUGCUGGACUCUUGCUCGAGACCAUAAUUCAGGCAGCUCUUGAAAUCAGUGGCCUGUCAAUUUUCAAUCAAUUUAUUUCAUUUGGGGCAUUUUUCUUCUCAACAACUGUAGCCUUUGCCAUUCUGUACUGUGUUGACCAAGAAAGCAGAAGAGGGAUUACAACCUCUGAAGUUGGCCUGGACUGUAAAUUUCAAAGAAUUGAGGAUUCUCAGACAAACUUGGAACACAAGUAUGAAAAUUGAAAAAAAUAAAUAAAGAAGAAACACUGAUUUUGAGGAUUUAUGA